AUGUCCAAAAAACCGAAAACGAAAGAUUCUAAAGUCAAAAUUGCGAUAAUUACCGGCGCGAAUAGUGGGGUAGGUUAUGGAGUCGCACAAAGAUUAUUGGAUCAUUCAGUAAAAAAUCCUGAUGAACAAUUCAUGGUUGUUCUUGCCUGCCGAAAUCAAGCACGAGCAACUACUGCACGAAAUGAUUUAUUAAAAGAAUUCCCGGAAGGUUUAGUUGAAAUUGUACUUGUAGAUGUGGCUUCGAUUGAGUCCGUGUUUAAAUGUUGUAAAGAAAUUAAAGACAGAUAUAACCGAGUUGAUCUGCUUUUUUGCAAUGCUGGAAUACUGUCCAUUUCAUAUAUGGAUUGGAAGGUCCCCUUUAAACAACUUCUUUUUGAACCAGUUGCAUUGUUUUCAAAAACAGAUGUUAUAGUUCAACCUGUGGGGAAACUUACUUCGGAAGGUUUAGGUAAAACGUUUGCUUGUAAUUUCUUUGGGCAUUAUGUUAUGAUUCGAGAGCUCGAAGAUUUAUUAUCCCAAGCGAAAGAUCCUCGCAUUAUUUGGACAGGUUCUCAUACAUCCACUAAAGAAA